AUGGAGUUUUUCAAGACAAAUGAUGGCUGCCAGAUUGCCUAUCAAGACGUUGGAGACAAGUCGCUCCCUGUAUUGAUCUUUCUACACGGUUUCACCGGCUCCUCAGAGGUCUUUCAACGCAACAUUCCUGCUCUAUCCAAGCAUUUCCAUGUCAUCGCGCCAGAUUUGAGGGGCCACGGUGCUUCUGACAAACCACGCUAUGGCUUCCACGUUUUCCGUCUGGCAAUGGAUCUGCACAACCUUCUCAACCAUCUCAACAUCACUGAGUCCUACACCGUGAGAUGCAUCGCCGGGAGUCUCGGCUGCUCAAUUCUGUGGUCUUUUGCGGAACUCUUUGGUACAGGAGUCUUCUCGCACAUGAUCUGGAUAGAUCAAGCGCCGAUGCAGAACUACGCGAGUGAUGGGAGCUGGGGCAGCGCCGAAGGCAAUCGAGGCAUGAACUCUGCAGCUGCUGUAGCAAAUCUGAAGGCAACGUUGAAGUAUGAUCCUGAUAGUGUCUAUAGAGGUACCAUUGCUGGAUGCCUGGGCUACAGAAGUCAUCCUGUCCCAGGCGAAUUCGUCAGCGAUGAAGUCAAAGACGCAGAUGAAGAAUUCUUCUUGGCUAUCGCAAGGCAGGGGAAUGCCGAAUGGUAUGGCAAUUUGAUGGCCGAUCAUACUGCAUUGGAUUGGCGACAGAGUAUCGUGGAAACGUUCGGAGGACGAGCUGAGAACAGGACGAAUGUGCUUGUCGUCGCCACAGACAGGAGCGGUUGUUUCCCUGCACGUGGGCCAUUGACAGCAGUGGAUUUUGCCAACUUGAAGGCACGAACGCCCAGAGCCAAAGGUGUCGUUGUGGAAUGGGGAGGUCACUGGUGUUACUGGGAGGACCCGGAGAGAUUUAAUCGACUGGCAUUAGAAUUUUUAUCGUCGGCAGAAUAA